AUGUCUUCAUCCGAAGAUGAUGUUGCGCGUGAAAGUAAUAGUAACGUAUUUCAAAUCAAAUCAGAGAUCCUUAGAACCAAAUCAUACGGCACAUCAUCUCCGAAUACAUCAUUUGGAGACACAGUCACUGCGUCCGAUUUCAAUGCGACUAAAAUGACACUAACUUACACUGACGUGGAUCAAUUUAAAAAAAUAGCUAUGGCUGCUACCCCUUUGCCGCUAUCUCCACGUCGAAAACGAGCAACAACAGACGAAACAGAGGAAAAUGAAAAGUUGUCCAAGCUAGAGCUGCAACGGUUAGUUUUGCCAGAGCAGCUACAGACCACCCGAGUCCAAAAUCCUGAAGAAACAAAGAAAAUAUUGUCGAAUAAACAAAGGCAAUCCAGAAAAAUCGAAAGACUAAAAAAAUGUGAAUCAGAAUCUUGCAAUUUAUUGAGGCCCAGCUGUUCCUCUCAAACUACUACAUUAUUGUCAGGGUCAGAAUCUGACCCCUCAAAAUAUCAAUUCUCUUCAGAUGACGAUUUUAUCAAUCCAGACUUACCCUCUACCUCAAAAAACACUCAAAUGAGAACAAAGUUUUCUACGUUAGGUCUUGUAUGCGAUAAAUAUGGUAUAUCUGAUCGAUCAGCUGCUGUGAUUGCUAGUGCAGUAUUAAAAGAUGUAAGAAUAAUUACCACAGAAGAUCAGUCGAAAAUAGUUGACAAAAAAAAACUUUACUGA